UUCUAUAGCUGGCUAUGGUAAUGAGCGGUUGCCUGGGGACGCAGUGACGUUGAAGGCGGAAGCUGUUGCUCGGCUGGGGGGCAGAAAGUUUCCGGAGUUGUAGUUGUUGGGGUGAGGUGUGUUUGCCGAGCACUGUGAGGGGUUCACUCACCGCAGCUCCAUCAUCAUCCACAUCAUCGUCGUCAUGGGGGGCUCAUCCAGCCAGCUGUCCAAAUCAGUCAUCAACGAGUAUCAGGUAACUGGGCUCAGGGAUCAGGAAAUGCAUCAGGCUAUCAGUUAUUAUUAUUAUUAUUAAUACCAUAGUAUGGCAGGCUAUUAUUAUUAUCAGUUAUUAUUAUUAUUAUUAUUUAUUAUUAUUAAUACCAUAGUAUGGCAGGUUAUUAGUUAUAUUAUUAAUGUCAUAGUAUGGGGACACAGGGAAGACCUCUAGGAUUAUUAUUAUUAAUAAUGUCAUAGUAUGGGGGUAAAGGAAAGACCUCUAGGAUUAUUAUUAUUAAUAAUGUCAUAGUAUGGGGGUAAAGGAAAGACCUCUAGGAUUAUUAUUAUUAAUAAUGUCAUAGUAUGGGGGUAAAGGAAAGACCUCUAGGGUAAUUAUUAUUAUAUUAUUAUAUUACUAGAGUUACUACUGGAAAGCUGAUAUUAAAUGGGGGUUUAGGGUAUUGGGUGCUAUGAUUAGUGACCCAGUGAAAGUGUCCAGCAGGUGGGGAUCAUACAGACCGUACCACUGACAAGAAAGCUUUUAAAUAAACAAAAAAUAAAUAUAUAUAUAUAUACAUACACACACAUACAUACACACACCACACCUAACUGGAAUUGAAUAAUGAUGAAAUGCACUGGAUUUGGGUGAUUUGGUUAGAUUACAAAAGGGAAAAUGCAAUUUUGGCCCUGGUGGAAUUUUUCAUUUCCUUGUUCAUACUCUACUCUAGUGCACUAUAGCAUCUAAUGGGCAUUUAUAUUUUGUCAAUAAAGGUGUGCAUUAGAUUCGAGUAAAUACAGGAUAUAAUCGCUCAGCUAGUGCUCAAAGCCUACCACUGCCAGGUACUUCUUGCCAUGGCGUAAGGUAGAGCGUUACUUUGCCUUUGCCAUAUCAGCAUUGGAGAGCUGGGCUAACGGCUGGUGAGGAUUGAGCAUCCCUGUUACAAAGUGAGUAAACUGUUGAAUAGUAAUGUGGGUUCCAGGCACCAUAACCACUUCAGUAUGUUAGGGUGGUUAUGGUUCAUGCAUGUUAAAAGGGAACUGUCACUUCUAUUUAAAUUAAAGUUUCUCGUUCACUCACCACAGUAAAUCUUAUUGAAGUGCUGUGGACAUAAGUCUAAGAAAGAAAAAACCCAAAAACAUACCUCUGCCUUGCCUCUGUGUUAGGAACGCUAUUAUCUGCUGAUUAUGCUUGGGUGAAAAAAAAUUAAUGCAUGUGCAUGGAAAUGCCAUACAACCAUAUGUUACAGUUAAACAGAUGAGAUUAUUUUUUUUAAAAAAAUGAAUGGGACACCCAAUAACUAACUAAAAGUGAUUGAUUGAGAUGUGCAAAAAUCCUACUUGUGACAGUUCUGGCUUGUCCGCUUCUGAAGAUUUCCUGAAGUUUACUUUUGUGAAGUUAAGUGUCUUUUACUCCACAUAUUGUAUUUUGGAAACAGAUCAUGCCUACCAAGGCACAAUGAGGAAGGGAUAAUUCAAAGAUCACAUUAUCUCCCUCAGUGUGCUUCUGUGAAUCCAGAGAACUCAUUUCUAAACAGUAGUCUUGCUUUCAGUUAUUUUAUGCUGAUUGUUCUGUAGAUCCUGCGACGGGUAGAAAAACAUGGAAAUAUGCAGGUAAUAAAGAGAGACAAUGCCAGCAUUCAUAUUUGCACAACUUAAUUAAACAUUUUAUUGAGUGGGUUAACUGUGGUAGAACAAUAAGGUGUUUUUUUCCAUUAGGCCACUUGGCUUAUCUGACUCGGAUGUGGCCAUCCUAACAUAGGACCCAUAUUGUGCAAUCCUUGUUUAUUUCACUAAUGCCCCUCAUCUAUGAGACACCAGAGAAUUUGUGAAUAACAUUCUUGAUACUAAGAAGGAAAUGUAUGAUGGUGGAGUUUGUGGUAACACAUAUCUGCUUCUUUAUUUAGGAGCUGACCUACCUUACAAAGCAAGAGAUCCUUCUGUAAGUACUGUGUGUUAUAUGUAAUUCUUUCAAACUUGUUGCCAGUGGCUGUGGUUUUGGAGUAAUGUAGUAGACUGCAAUAUGUGACUUAAGCAGCUGCAAUUGUCCAAAAAGAUGUAGGAUACAAAUAUAUAGUACAAAAUAGAGCACAAUACACCCCAAAUCAAGCCUACCACGUACAUUUAGUCACACUAAAUCAUCAUGGUGAUUUUACAUAUGAAAUGAUUCCUACCAGGACAGCCCGGUGCUGUAUUCCAGGUAAGUAAAACCUUUUUUUUUGUUUUUGUUGCUGCAGGUUUUAUUACAUAGAAAAGCCCCCAUCCACCCACAUGAGAGUUGGUGUAACCCUUUAACUCAUUUGAAAAUGUAUGUGUGUGUGUGUGUGUGUGUGUGUGUGUGUGUGUAUGUGUGUGUAUAUAUAUAUAUAUAUAUAUAUAUAUAUAUAUAUAUAUAUAUAUAUAUAUAUGUGUGUGUAUAUAUGUAUAUGUAUGUAUAUAUAUAUAUGUGUGUGUAUAUAUGUAUAUGUAUGUAUAUAUAUAUAUGUGUGUGUAUAUAUGUAUAUAUCUAAAAUAUUAAAUUGAGGCCAUAGUUACAUAGUAUUAGGAUAGCUGUGUUGUAAAUCUCAUUGCAAUGGCCUUGCAAUGCCCUCUAUUGACUGAUUGUAAAUGUAUCAGUUUACAUAAUGUUGGUAUGCAAAUUAACACAACCAAUAAGCAGAUAGGCCUACUCACUGAGACCCCGUCUCGGCGAUGAUCACUCACUGAGGGGGCAGAACUGCAUCAAAGGUGGUACAUCAUGGGAAUUGAUAGGCUCAGGGCAACACGUGCCUUCACAGACAUCUUACUGGAAUACUGUUAAUAAAUGACCUAUUUCACUUCCUUGUACACAUUACUGUGGUAAAGUUAUAUUGCAUUGUUUGAGGGUUGUUCUAGUUUAUUGGCAUGUGAUUGUUUGUUUCUGUCGCUAUAGUCACACGUUUACACUUAUAGUCAGAAUAGUCUAUUCACUGCUGUAAACUAUUAAACAGGUAAUGCAUUAACCUUGUUCAACUGAGAUUGCUGUUCACUUAACUUUACAUUGUAAGCUUGUUUGGAAAGGGCCCUCUUCACCUACUCUUUCUGUAUGUCAUGUGUGUUUUGUUAGAAUAAAAUGUUUGUCUUGUAUUUAUUGCACAGCCCUACAGAAUAUGUUGGAGCUGUAUAAAUAAUUGUAAAUGUAACUAAGCCAUGCAUAUUGGGCAGUAAACUAUGUAUGAUUCUGUUAUACACUAAACCAUGCAAAUUUUUUUUAUAAUAUCCAUUUAAAUAUAAACUUGUAAUUUUCAUAUUUAUAUGGAACGUACUGAUUAAGAUGUCCAUAAAAAGCAAUGAUUAACUCUGUGGAUACGACUUAAGUCUCGAUUUAAUUAGAUUUCCAAAUUACUCAAUAGUGUUGCUUUCUUACGUCAGAUUCCUUGCUUCUAGCAGGGGACCCCAGAGCAUGUUAGACCCCUUAGCCGAAGUCUGGAUACCUCUACCCUGGAUCAGGCAAUUAUAGUUCUAGAUCCCUGCAGAAGUUAUAUGGUUAUUGCUUUGGAGACCUUCUUUCCUGUAAAGCAGUGAUUAUAGAAUUUCCCUUACACAUUAGUCGUAACUGAAUGUAGGGGAGUAGAACACAUCUUUAUUGUACACAACUCAAUUAUUUAUACACAGACUCCUAUAUUCCCAAACCAGGGUGAUCUCCAUGCAAUAUAGUUUCCCUUACAGUUCGUCCCACCCUGGUGGCACUUUAUCUGGGGUCUUGAUUGCACCAUUCCCAGGAAGAUAGACUACCUGCUGUGCCUUCCCAGACCUGUAGGCAAGAUGUACGUAAUGUACCCUGCAUAGUCACCUAGUACUUUUGCUGUCCAAAUAGCACCUUGAUCAGGCGUCAGGGGGACAAAGCGAUCAAAGAUUCAUAACCCCAAUAAAAACAUGCAUUUAUUUAUACUUUUUUUUUUCCCAUUUGGAUAUAUUUAAAUACAUCUUGUAAAAACAGUAAAUAUCUUGUCUGAAGCCUAUAGAAAGUCCUCGCCUUUUAUCCCAGCAUAGAAGCAAAAGAAAACCUCCAAGGCUUUCUGAUUGACAGGCAGGGUGUUGUUUCUUGCUGAUUUCUAUUUCGAUUGGUUCUUUUAUAAACUGUCACAAAUGUGACUGGCUCUAGACACACAAAACACUUCUGUGGAGUGUUCCUUUAAAGUGAUUGAAAUUCAGGCUCUAGAGGGUGAGGCAUUACAAUCGCUUGCCUGGCAUGCCAUGGUAAUUUCUGGAAGGGCGCUCUGGUAGCAGAAACCGUUCUCAUUGCUCCAUUAUGGUUCGUCUUAGGUAUUAUUGCAUUAUGUUGAGGUUCUUGGGUCUGCAAGAGGUCCUGUGAAAGCUCUCUGUAGCUGAAAAAGAAUCGAAGUACCGUAUAUACUAGAGUAUAAGCCGACCCGAAUAUAAGCCGAGGCCCCGAAUUUUACCACAAAAAACUGGGAAAACUUAUUGACUCGAGUAUAAGCCUAGGGUGGGAAAUGCAGCAGCUACUGGUAAAUUUCUAAAUUAAAUUAGUUCCCAAUAAAAUUACAUUAAUUGAAUAUUUAUUUACAGUGUGUGUAUAGAAUGAAUGCAGAGUGUGUGUUUGUGUAUAUAUAAUGAAUGCAGUGUGUAUGUAUAUAAUGCAGUGUGUGUGUUUGUGCAGUGUGUGUACACUGGAUGAGGGGAGGGCAUUUUUCUUUAAAUUUUUUUAUUUUAUUAUAUUAUUUUAUUUUAAUAAUAUUAUUUUAAUAUUUGCAUUAUUUUUUUUAAAAUGUUUUUUUAAAAAAAUAAGGCAAAUAUUAAAAUAAUAAUAUAAUAAUAAAAUAAUAUAACAUUAAAAGAAUAUUAUUAUUAUAUUAUUAUUUUAAUAUUUGCAUUAUUUUUUAAAAAAUGUUUUUUUGUCCCCCCUCCCUGGCCAGGCAACAAGCAGGGAGGGGGGACAAAACCCAUUUAAAAAAAAAAAUACUGCAACUAUUAAAAUAAUAUAAUAAUAAAAUAAUGUAAUAUUAUUUUAUUAUUAUAUUAUUAUUUUAAUAGUUGCAUUAUUUUUUUUUUUUAAAUGUUUUUUGUCCCCCCUCCCUGGCCAGGCAACAAGCAGGGAGGGGGGACAAAAAACCAUUAAAAAAAUAAAUAAUGCAAAUAUUAAAAUAAUAAUAAUAUAAUAAUAUUAUUUUAAUAGUUUUAUUUUAUUAUUAUUAAAAUAAAAUAAUAUUAAAUCCCUGGUGGUCCAGUGGCAUUGGCAGUUCAGUUGGGGGGGGGGGGGGUGACCGUGAGCUCAUACUUACCUUCCUGCAGCUCCUGUCAGCUCCCUCCUCCUCCGUGCAGCUCCCCGGUCAGCUCCGUUCUGUUUACAGUGUAAGUCUCGCGACACCCACGGCUCUCGCGAGACUUACACUGUGAGCAGAACGGAGCUGACCGAGGAGCUGCACGGAGGAGGAGGGAGCUGACAGGAGCUGCAGGAAGGUAAGUAACAGCUCGCUGUCAGCCCCCAACAGGACCGCCGGGCUUGUAAUGAGCCCGGCGGUCCUGGUCUGUAUUAUGGCAAUGUAAAUUGCCAUAAUACAGACUGACUCGAGUAUAAGCCGAGUUGGGGUUUUUCUGCACAAAAAAUGUGCCGAAAAACUCUUCUUAUACUCGAGUAUAUACGGUAUGUUGCUUUAUAAACUAGACAGCAGGAAAGAAAGUGUGCUACAAAGGUAGGUGAUUAACAGUGUAGAGGGCAAUAAAAAUGAUUGAAGCAUAUAGAAGAAAGGUGGGAAGACAGAGCAGUAUUAUAGAUGAGAAAGGAAGCAAGGUGUUGGGAGCAAAGAGAAGGUCUAAGCAUGGGUAAAUGGAGGAUGGAUGGGGAGAGCAGUGAUGUGUCAAUGGAGGACAUUGGAGAUGGGGGGGGAGACCUAGGGACUAAAGUAAUGAUUUUAGGAAACCUUGUGAAUAAAACCAGUAUAAUGUGUUCGCCAUAAACCUUUAUUUAGGUUAAAAGGGUAGAUAACCAGCGUCGAUCAUAUUGAUAAACUUAGUAUUGCUAAAGCUGUCUGGAUGAUAAAUCCAUUUUUAAAGAGCAGCUUGCUUAUAGUAAUAAAAUGAUCUACUGAAACAUUAGCCUUUUCUUAGAUUUGUCCUUUCUUCUGCAGGGCUUAUAAAAGAUUCAUUGAGCUGCUUCAAAAAGAAAACAGAAGCAACAUUGAAUCAGUUAGGAUUCCCACGGAAAGGUUCUUGACCCUACCUGAAUUAAAGGUACGUAUGUUUUCUAGGUUUAUGUUUAACAUGCAAGAGACGUUCUAGAGUGUGCAGUGCCAGUUUACCUCUCCACAUUCUUAAUUUCUCAAAUAGCUGGUACCUUUACUUUUUGAAACAUGAUGCAGUGUACUAUCCAGGUCUUAAUGUUAACCAGUGACUUUUAGCUUUUUAUGUCCUUCAGAUAUAUAUAUAUAAUGUUGAUAUAUUUCUAUUAUUUUAAAUCAUUACGUGAAAUCUCCCAUGAAGCUUUGAAGUAUGAUCUGUUAAUGCAACAGCAAGCUUUAAUAGCAAUAACUUAAAGGAUCACUAUAGGGUCAGGAACACAAACCUGUAUUCCUGACCCUAUAGUGUUAAAACCACCAUAUAGCCCCUCUGGGCGUCUCAUGCCUCCAUAAAUAUAGCAAAAUCUUGCUGUAUUCAAGACAGAAGCUGUAGAUCUACAUGCUGUUUGCCUAAAAAAAAAACCCAAGAAGUCUGAUGACAUCAUCAGAAGUGGUGGCCUGAUCCAAUCACAAUGCUUCCCCAUAGGAUUGGCUGAGACUGACAAAGAGGCAGAUCAGGGGCAGAGCCAGCAUGAUUCAAACACAGCCCUGGCCAAUCAGCAUCUCCUCAUAGAGGUGAAUUAAAUCAAUGAAUCUCUGAGGAAAGUUCAGUGUCUGCAUGCAGAGGGAGGAGACACUGAAUGUUUGGAUGCAUUUUAGGCAGCCGUGACCCAGGAAGGAUCUCUAACAGCUAUCUGAGGAGUGGCCAGUGAAGUUAUCACUAGGCUGUAAUGUAAACACUGCAUUUUCUCUGAAAAAGCCUGAAGGUAAUGAUUCUACACCCCAGAACAAAUUCAAUAAGCUGUAGUUGUUCUGGUGACUAUAGUGUCCCUUUAAUUAAUCUGUUGAUUCUGUUAACACGUACAGACAUGAAUGAUCAUUGCAAGGGCUGAUAAAGCAUCAUUGGAGGUCUUUGUGUUUUUGUUUUUACACCAAGUAGCCUGUCAUACAGUGUUAAUCUUUUUGUAUCCAAUCCUCAUAUAUACAGGUGAAAUCUUUCAACAAUGUUUAAUAUAAACCAGUGCACACAUUUGCUAUUAUGCAAAAAUAUUUAUUGAUACAGAAUUGUCAAAGUCAGCGCUAAUAAAGUUCAUAAUAUGAAUAUCAAGUAUCAAUAUAGUAUCACCACGGUAUAUAACAACAUAUCCUAAUAUACACAAUGUAAGCAUAUGCUAACAAAAUCAUAUAUAUACCAUAAAACCACAAGUGUAACCAUAAGUUAAGUGAUCGAGAUUUGAGUCAAGUGUCACAGCCACAAUGUUUCUGCCUGAUGCCUUUCAAGGGGAACCCCUUUAUCCCAUAAAUGAUGCACUUCCUCUAUAAGUGAUCUAAUAGAACUACACAGCGCAUUCAUUUUGUUUUUGCUCUUUACAGGCAAAUCCAUUCAAACACCGCAUCUGCCAUGUGUUCUCUACUUCUGACCAGGGAGAUGACAGCAUGUCUUUUGAAGACUUCCUUGACAUGCUCAGUGCUUUUAGUGAAUCUGCUACUCUUGAGGUUAAAUCCCAUUAUGCUUUUCGGAUCUUUGGUAAGUUUUAGCCCAUGUGAUGUUUUCUUUUUUUUUUUUUUUUAUAUUUAUUUUAUUUCUUCAAGUUAUGACAUUCAUCAUGAGAAAACGCCAACAUAACUUCUUUACACAAAGACAUAAUAGUAUUAUAUAACAUUAAAUAGCUAGAAUUUCCAUAUACGAAAUAUAGUAUUCAAUAAAGACCAUCAAUUAUGUAUAUAUAAAAUAUCUUCCAAUGACACAUUAUACUUGCUUUAAUAGCCAGCCAUUAUUGCAAGACUAAUAGAAAAAAAUCCUUCAACCAUAUAGCUGUUACAUUUGUGUACAUAAUCAUUAUUCUGAUAAUCCUUCAGCCAUAUAACUGAUACAAUUAUAACUGAUACAUUUAUAUACAUAAUCAUUAUUCCGAUAAAAUGGAACUAACUAAAAAGAAAAACAAACAAAAAAAACACAAAAUAAAUUAAAUUCCUGAGACUCGACAAGGGGUUCAGAAUGUCACAAUCUUUGCUAUCUUAUAGUGUGUCUCUUUGUCCAGGGUAGCCAUAGUUUAUUCAAGUUCCUAGUACCAAAAAAAGGGGUUCGAUUCCAUCCUAUGCUGAUAAUCUAUUUGCUCCGUAAUAUUAUGCCAAGAUAAAGGGAUGGAAGAUUUCCAAGCCCUAGAUAUACAUAUUUUAAAGGACCACUCUAGGCACCCAGACCACUUCAGCUUAAUGAAGUGGUCUGGGUGCCUGGUCCAGCUAGGGUUAACCCAUUUUUUUUAUAAACAUAGCAGUUUCAGAGAAACUGCUAUGUUUAUGAAUGGGUUAAGCCUUCCCCCAUUCCCUCUAGCAGCUGUCUCAUUGACAGCCGCUAGAGGCGCUUGCGUGCUUCUCACUGUGAUUUUCACAGUGAGAGCACGCCAGCGUCCACAGGAAAGCAUUGAUAAUGCCGCGCGUGCGCAUUCAGCCGGCAGGGAGGAGAGAAGGAGGAUUGGAGGAGGAGAGCUCCCAGCCCAGCGCUGGAAAAAGGUAAGUUUUUACUCCUUUCCCCCUUCCAGAGCCGGGCGGGAGGGGGACCCUGAGGGUGGGGGCAUCCUCAGGGCACUAUAGUGCCAGGAAAACAAGUAUGUUUUCCUGGCACUAUAGUGGUCCUUUAAUGGCAAAAAAUAUAUUGGUCAGAAGGUAUUUUUGAUAUUUGUCUUGUGAAGGAAAACCAACAUUAAAAAGAAAGAGUUGGGGGCUAAUUUCUUUUAUUUCCUUAAAAAUAGAGUUAACAAGACCCAACAUUUGGAUUUUAACAUUAUUAAGCCCCUGACAUUCCCACCAUGUUUGGUAUAUAGUGCCCUCCUUAUUUCCACAUCUCCAGCAAAUCCUAGAAUAGGCAGAUGAUAUUUUGUGGAGUCCAGCCGGUACCAUAUACCAUCUAUAUAUUAUCUUUAGAUGGGUUUCGUAAAGAGAGACACUAUGUAAGCAAUGUUUUACUAGGAGUGUAACUUUGGUCCAUUCCAAAAGUGGAAAUGAUUCCCCAAUAUCUUGUUCCCAUUUAAUAAAGGAAGUAACAUGGGAGUCUUGUUCCGUUGAUUCUAAUAAUUUAGCAAAUCUAGAAAUCCCUCCCUUCUUUUUAUUUAGCACUAUAAGAAGAUUGACAUUAUGGUACAAUUCUAGAUAAUAUAAAAAUUUUCUCUGGGGGGAAGAUUAUAUUUUGCUUGCAUUUGUGUAAAUGGAACGGGUUUAGACCCAUCCCAUAAAUCAGAAUUCUUCAGUAUGCCUAGGUGUAUCCAGGAUUGAACAUUUAUGUCAUCCAUUGUGUGUUGUAGAACACCAUAUAUUAAUUUGUCCUCCAAUUUUAGUUUUUUUAUUUAGGAUUUUGGAGGUGUUAAUCAUAUCUAUUAAUAUUUUAUUGGAAAAACACUUAAUAUCCAAUUCCCCUAGAUUCAAUAAGUCAGGGGAGUGGUUAUUGUUCGGUAGAUUUAUCUACCGAAAGCAGAUUAAUACAUUUUGGCAACCAAAGUAUGUUGUUUUGUUACAGUAAUAAAGCAGCCAAUGACCUGGUCAGAUCAUCCUUGAAGGGGAAAUGAUCAAUAAAUGAUAUCUAAUCUAGUUAUCCAAAGUGAAACUAUUAUCAGUAGAUCUGAAGAGAGGUCAUCCUUUUUGUUUUUUGUUUUUGUUUUUGAGCCUCUCAAAUACAUGUCAAAAUUUGUAAAAUUAGUUCAGUAUUCUCAGAAUUAUAAUAGUAUAGAUACAUAACAUUUGCAAAACAUAGAUUCCUGAUGUGGUGGCCACCCGGAUAGGGACACGGGUCUCCCUGCCAAGGAUGUCCUUUUUCCCCUAUCUGGAACUCUGCUGCGCCGGAUUCAGUGAUUAUAGCUGCCAGGUGAUUAAAGCUGUUAUAGCUUUCCCCCACAGACAUUAGCCAAGACAAAAUGCUGGGAGUGAACUGGUUUAAUGGUUCAUGGUACAGACAAUUUAUACACAGACCACCCCAGCAGGGGGUCUCUGUACAGUUACAUACAAGCUCGUUCCCGGUGUCUCUGUGUCUGGGAGAUAGAGUGUACUUUUGCUUAAACUAAUUAUCUCCCAGGCACAGAGGUACAAUGUUCAAAACACCCUAAAACAUAUAUAGUACUACAAGGGACCCCCACAAGUCCUAUAUCCCUGGAUAGGCUGGAUUUGAGCGCCUAACAUAUCCAAAUAACGCUCGGAUCCCACAAACACAGCCGACUGCACACGUGGCGCCUGCAAAAAAUCUUUCCAGGAGAAAUGUGGUGGUGGUUGCUCUUUUUUGGGAGUCCAAAAACAAAUAAAACACUGAACAGAUUCUCUGGCUCCUAGGUAGCGAUUCUUUCGUCUAGCUCUUGCGAACAAUCCUACCGAACAACACUCUUCUGAGGGGUACGGAAACUAAAGCAGGCGAAGAUGGAAGUUCAGCAGUGUUCGCAAGUUAGACUGUGUCUGAUUUUAGUUCCAUGCACUCGUUGACCAAACUCUGCUGCAUGCGUUUGUGCGACAAGACAAGAUGGCCACCAGCUCAUUUCCCAUGUGUUCGUCCAGCCGAACACUUGAAAUAAUGGAGGUGCCAAGAGGGGUCAACAGGGGUUAACAAGCUCAGAGGUUAUCAAAUUACGAGGGGUAUAACUGGGCAAUUUGUUUGUUUGGUUCCUGGAUCACUAUUGCACUUGGGAAAGAUGAACGAUCACAUGAACAUUUUAUUCUGGGCAGUUAUCUGGAGCCUGGGAAAUAUGACUUACCUGUGCCAAGCAAAGCAUGGGAGCCCGAUUUUAAGAUCCACGGAGAACUUAUUUAAAAAGAUGGUGAUUGAAAAAAAUGUUCAUAGUGUAACUUUCUAUCCCUUUCAUGCUAAUAAACAUGCAGUGCAUUGCACCUGGUGACUCAGGGUUUUAGAGUGUCAAUGCCAGGAAUGGGCUAGAGCUAUUGACUACAAAGAAUUUAUCAUAUGAACUAUAACAUGAAUUCAAACAAAUGUGUGACAUAGCACUAUACAAACUAUAUGCCAGGCUGUAAGAAGCUGUAGUAUUUGUUCAGGUUUUCAUCUUUCUAAUGUUAAAUAAAGAGUAUAAUGGAGUUUGAUAAAUAGAGCAUGUAUAUUCUAAUCUAGUGCAAACUAUUAGAAAGAUGUGCUCAUGGAUGAAUAACUUUGUUUUGAUUAUUGGAUAUACAUUAUAAAGAGAAAUGCUUAUGGCAGGGGUGCUAUACCACUGAGGCAGAGUCAUUGUACUAAUAAAACAUGUGACUUUCCUGUCUGCAGAUUUUGAUGGUGAUGGUGCUUUGAAUGAAUCUGAUCUAGAAAAACUGGUGAACCACUUGACUGGGGAAGAGGAAAACACAAAAUUAAGCCAAAAUGAAAUGAAGCAGCUGAUUGCAAAUGUGAGUUUGAAAUGAUCAAUGGGAAAAGACAGAAUGCAUACCAGCUGUGCAUACAUUAGUAUUACACUAUAGUGCCCUCCGGUCCCUCUUCCCCUCACCCUACCCCCUUGGGCAUAUAAAGAUUUUAAAGAAACCUUUAUUUACUCACCCGAUUCCAGUGGGCCCUCUGCCUCCUCCAACGUCAUCCAACGUGGGGACGUAAUGUGCAUGCGCGACCAGCUCCAUGAGCACAUUUGGCACUCACUUUUCAGUGACUUGUAAGUUUACGAAUAUAAACAUGUGGGCACGAACAUCUUUGCUAACUAAGUAUGCUGUUGCUUAAAAUAAAUGGAGAGCUAAUACCCGGGGGGCUGGACUGUCAUUUAUUUUAUAGUUAUACUAGAUUGGGUGUCUGGGGUCCUUGCACCCCUAUUAAGGAAUCUCUAUUUCAGUGCUCACCUCAUUUCUUUUUAACUUUUUGCUAUGAUAACCAUAAUCGCUAAAGGCAGAAAUCCGCAUGUUUUGGUAUUGCCACACAGUGGUUUAUUAUUGGAAAGCGCUUUCCAGAGUGCUUUGCAAACUCACUGCUUCCUUCUGAUACAGCCGCAAUGCUCCCCCACACCCACCUCUUUACAAGACUAUGAAAUGUCUAAUCUUGUGGGUAGUGAAUGCAGGGAAAUCUGCUAUCCCUCUGGCUAGGUGGAUGCAGUGCAAACAAUAGAGGAUUUUAGACAGUUUGAGAACUAAACAUCAAAGUCUCCUAAUCCUGUGGAGAGCUGUAGAACUCACUGUUUCUACCGUUCAUAUCUCCCGUUUAGCCCAUUACUCUAUUGCACAGGAUUUCCUGUAGUGGCAUGUCAUUUUGGGUCUGAUUUUAGUGAUGAUAAUAAAACCCUCUUCAUUUUGUUGGCUUAUCUUGGGGGUUUGUGUAACAUCUCUAAAGGGGAGAGAAAAUCCAUUGAGAGAUCCUAUUAUAAAAAAGUAUCUAGCACAGGGGUAGGCUACCUUCAGCACUCCUGAUGUUGUGGACUAUAUCUUCCCUAAAGCUUUGCCAGCAUUAUGGUAUAGUCCAGCCCUGCUAUCCUGCUUUUCUAACACUGCAAGUAAUGCAGCCUGAAACAUUUAUAAUGCAGCUUUUAAAGGUCUACAUUGUGUUUGUUUUUUGUGUUUCAUGUUUCUUUUUCCCCAUGAGAGAGUAUUUUUGUCUUGUGUAGUAACUCUGUGUUAUGUGUUUCAGCACUGCAUAGUCACUGGGUAAAAAGGUUUGAUUUGUGUUGACAGUUCUGAUAUAUGUAUUUUCUCAGAUCUUGGAAGAAUCUGAUAUUGACAAGGAUGGAACCAUCAAUCACUCAGAAUUUCAGCAUGUCAUCUCCCGAUCACCUGACUUUGUCAGGUAUAUAUUUUACUGCUGUCCUCUAUAGUGUGUGUGUGUGUGUGUAUCUAAAACUGUUGUUGUUUUAAAUGUAGCCCAGCAAACAAAUUGUAAAUUAUAAUCAGCUUGUCACAAUUUGGAAAGAAAUGGGUAAAUAUAGAAAAUGGGUUAGAGCAUGUUAUUCCACCAAAAGAAAGGUCUUCCAAGCAGGUACUGAUCCAUUGCCCAAUUGAUAUAUUGUAAAAAGAUACUUGGCUGAAGAAUUGCUGGGGUUUGCCUUGUCCCCAUAUAAAUGGAAGCAACUAAUUAUUUAUUUUUUAAUAUCAUUUUAUGCAAUUAUAAUGAAGUAUUCUAUGCUUGUCAGAGAACAAGGACAGUUACAGAAGACAAUGGAAAAUACAUAGGGUAGAACACCACCAGGCAAUGGCAUUGCUGGUCUUGGAUAAAAGUUGUGAAAAUUUUGUCUGUGGUCAGUAAUAUAAAAAAUCCAGGGUGACCAAGUUGUAACAGCAAGUCCUUAUUCUUUAUAUGAUUUGCUGUCUUUGCCAACAUUAAGGUGGUUACAUCAUUUUAACCUUUGUUUUGUCAUUUGUUUUUCAGUUCUUUCAAGAUUGUGCUGUGAUUGAAUCAACAGUAUGACUUAUGUCUCAUUAGUUUUUUGCCAACGGAAUGAAUCUGUCUCUUGUAAAUACCUCUCUUCUCCAAUCUAUGCAAGUAACCCAAUGAGUGCAGCUACCUGAAUGCUACUGAGAUCAUUUCUACUAUGAACAAACCGUCACAAACCUCCGUGGAGUGAAAUAGUUUUAUCUGUUGAGUCUGUUUGUGUUUCAAUAUAUACGACUGAUUUUAUGUGUGUAGUUCUAGACAAGGCACAGAGGGGUCCCGGGGAGUCAGGUCUCAGAAGGGCUCUAAAGGCAGAGGGUAUUUCUGUACAGUAUACCUUGGUUUACAGAUAUUAAUUUAAUACAGUAUGAAGUCUUUAGAAAUACUUUAACAUUUUAUCAUAAUGGGAAUUUUUAAACAACCCAUUUUAGCUGACCUGGCACUAAGACCAUUUUAACCAUUAUAUAUAUAUAUUUCAUUUUCUAUUUUUUUUUUUUCCUAUUUACUUGCUUGACAUUGUGUCUGUAUUUAGUAAUUCCCUUAAAUACUUCUCCAUGUCUAGUAUAGGUUUAGAUUAUUGAUGGUUAACCCUCCGUACUCCAGGUCUCUGGCUGUCUCAACAUUGGGGAAAAAACAGUCCACAAUAGCUGGGGUGUCUAAGAUCAUCUUAUCUCUGUAUUUUGCAGUGCGCUUUCUUUGGUCUGGUAAGUGUAAAUACUGAUUUUAUAUACCAUACACUGCCGAUGUAGUAUGGGGCCCGCUGUACCCCCUGAAACAAAAUGUUUACUGGAACUGGAGGAUUUUAAAAUACAUUUCAAGUUGUCUCGUUCUAGGAAUGAUUGCUCUUAAACGGGUAUGUGGUCUUCCCUGUGAAAAAAAAUGAAAUGGUCAUUACUAUUAAAUGUAAAUAAUUUUACAUACAUGGAUGCUGUACAUUCCAUACUUGACACCAGAACAUCAUAUUGUGAUUAAAUGAGUCUAUUUUUUUCUAUACACUGUUCAAAACAAAUGACUACUGGUUUUUAAACUUGCACUAUUUAUAAUUAAUUUUUCUGUAGAGCAGAAAUAUAUUGUAAUAAAAAUUAAAUCGAACUUCCUUCAGCUUCAUUGGUGCAAUUCUGUACAUAAGUAAUAAUUAAGUGUAAUUAUGUGCAUGGUUUGGUCAUCCUGGUCAUUUUGAAGGGCAUUCAUUUUUUUUUUUAAAUCUUUUAUCCGCUUCCUUUAAAGAGGGCUUCAUUAACUGUAUCCUUAAAGUCACUCCUGUGAAUUUAAAUGGUCAAAAUUUGCUUUAGUGAUUAUAGCAGUUGGUACCACUAGGGGGCUGAGCAAUCCAAAAAUAUAUGACCUAGGUUACUUGCAAAUUCCGAGGUAUGUAAUUAGAACUAGAAUUGGUCUGCACAUGUUUGGCAUCUGGCCUUUUAGUGUAGAAUUACUUGAGAGGCCUUUGUCAUGUCCACGUGACUCCUGCUUACAGCGUUAAAAGUGGCACCAAUGUUCCAGAGAACCGAGCCUUUUGCAUUUACCAUCUCAAACAUCCAUUUACUCUAGCAACAUUUAGGAUUUCCAUGUUAUCUCAAUAUAUCAACUAUAAUACAGUGAUAUCAUGGAGUACUUAAUGAUUUUAAUUAAUUUGAUUGCUUUGUGCUAACAAGAUUCGCUUUCUCCACUGAGCUUAUAUUUUUGCUCAGUGAAAAGGGACUUAAGUAAUGACUGACUAAUAAAGUAAGCUGAC